AUGACUGACGCGGCCCCAGACUCCAAGGUCCUCCAUCGCUCGCUCCUCGAGCACCCCGAAACCGUGACCUCGGCCGACGGGAGCUACUUCACCCUCUCCAACGGGCAGCGUAUACUAGAUGGCUGCGGCGGUGCCGCCGUGGCAGCCAUUGGCCAUGGCGACGCCGACGUCAAGGCGGCCGUCAUGGAGCAAAUGUCCAAGGUGGCCUACGCGCACACGCUCGCCUUCACGACAAGCAGCGCGGAGGAGCUCGCGGACACGCUGCUGGACGGCAACCCCUUUGGCCUGUGCAGGGCGUACUUUGUCGCGUCCGGGAGCGAGGCCGUGGACGCGGCCAUGAAGCUCGCAAGGCAGUACUGGGUCGAGGCGGGCCAGCCGCACCGCAGACGCUUCGUCGCCAGGAGACAGGCCUACCACGGGAGCACGAUUGGCUCCAUGAGCGUCGGCAGCCACGUCGGCCGGCAGAGGCCCUACAAGGACGCCCUGCUGCUCAACAACGUCAGCUACGUCAGUCCCACGUACGCGUAUCGCGUCCAGAGGCCGGGCGAGACGGAAGGUGCUUAUGCGCGGCGCCUGGUGGCCGAGCUGGAGGCCGAGUUUGAGGCCGUCGGGCCCGAGACCAUCAUGGCCUUUGUGGCCGAGACGGUCGGCGGCGCAACGGUCGGCUGCAUCACGCCCCCGAGGGGAUACUUUGAGGGCGUCCGCCGGGCGUGCGACCGGCACGGCAUCCUCCUGAUUCUGGACGAGGUCAUGUGCGGCUCCGGCCGGACAGGGACCUACUUUGCCUUUGCGCAGGAGGGGGAUGUCCGGCCCGACAUGGUGACGCUGGGCAAAGGUCUGGGCGGCGGAUACACGCCCAUGGCCGGCGUCCUCGUCCACCGGCGAGUCGUCGACGUCCUGGCGCGGGGAUCGGGCACCUUCGUCCACGGACACACGUACCAGGCUCACCCCGUCUGCUGCGCCGCUGCUCUCGCCGUGCAGAGGGUCCUCAAGAGGGAUCGUCUGGUGGCCGGCUGUGCUGAGAAGGGCAAGUGGCUGGAAGCGAGGCUGCGCGAGAGAUUGGGGCCCAGGAGGUACGUGGGCGACAUCCGCGGCAGAGGCCUGUUCUGGGCCUUGGAGUUUGUCAAGGACAAGGAGACCAAGGAGCCGUUCGCGCCCCGUCUCUGUUUCGCGAGCGUCAUGAGGCGUGAGGCGCACAGGUUGGGCCUGGCCAUCUAUCCGGGGUCCGGCACGGCGGACGGACAGGCAGGGGAUCAUGUUGUGCUGGCGCCGCCGCUGAAUGCGACUUGGGACGAGCUGGGGAUCCUGGUGGACUUGUUGGAGAGCGCGUAUGAUGUUGUGGAGAAGACGCUUUCGUAG